CCCUUGCUUCCUCCCACACCCCACCUAUCUUCUCUCCCUCUCUUCCUCUCUCUCAUACACAUAUUCAAGUGGUGUAGGAACAAUGGAAGCUCAAGAGGAAGUCACCAACAGCAACAUUGUAAAGGGCAAGAGAACCAAAAGACAAAGCGUUCAAUCACCAAUCCCUCAUGCUAAUUCUUCAAGCGGAGAUGGAGAUGGAGAUGGAGAUGGAUAUGAAUGUGGAGAUUUUUGUACUAAUGGAAAGAUCUUUACAAACAGGUCACCAAUCACUUCUCAAGAAUUACAAGAUAGCACCCAAGAAGAAGAAGACAUGGCUAAUUGCCUUAUUCUACUUGCUCAAGGUCAUAUUAAUAAACAUUCAUCACCAAAGCAAGACAAUAAUGAUGCUGCUGGAGUUUACAAACCCACCACCGCUGCUGUCAUCACCACCACCACCACCACCACCAACAAAUUCAAUAGUAGAAGAUUCUUAGAAACAGGGUCCCCAGGUUCCGGCAAGGCCGGAUACUAUGUAUAUGAGUGCAAGACUUGUAACCGGACGUUCCCAUCUUUCCAAGCAUUGGGUGGACAUAGGGCUAGUCAUAAGAAGCCUAAGAAUGAUGAGAAGAAGCAGUUUGCAAUAUCAUCCAAUGAAGAUGGACACUUUAGAGAUAUUUCUUCUCUUUCUCUUCAAGUGAGUCAUAAUAAUAACAAUAGAGUUAUAUAUAGCAGUAGCGGUCAAAACAAGGCCAAGAUUCAUGAGUGUUCCAUUUGUGGUGCCGAGUUCACCUCCGGUCAAGCUUUAGGCGGCCAUAUGAGGCGGCACCGGGCACCUAUAGGGGCAAAUAAUAGCACAACCUUGUCAUUAACACCAAUAGCUAUAGAAUCUGAAGAACCCAAGAAAGCAAGAAAACUACUUUCUUUGAAUUUGGAUCUCAAUCUUCCAGCACAAGAAGAUGAAAUAUUAUCCUUUGCUUCCAAGAAACAAAAACAACAGCAGCAACAACAACAAGAACAGCAACAGAAACCAUCUCUUGUCUUCUCCGGUCCUGCUUUGGUGGAUUGUCAUAACUAAUGAAGGUUUCUUUUUUGUGUUCUUUUCUAUUUUUUUUUUACUUUUUUUUUGGUUAAAUUUAUAUAAUUUCUUCCAAAUUCUUUUAAUGAAGCUUGAUCUCAAACACGGAUCAUAUAAUUUGUUUCCAAAUUCUUUUUUGUACAAUUCAAAGAAUUAAUUAUAAUUAAGAUUCUUUUCAUUCUUUCCAUUUAAUGUCUUGGUCAAAUUUAAUGUUACAUAUAUAUGAAUUUGAUGAAUACUUUAUAAAAGCUUUAGCC